AUGCCUAUAUUUAGCGACGAGGAGCUCGUGGAGCUCAGUCUCCUCCGCGCCAACGAGAUUGAUGAGCUCGUUAAACACGGCCUGAUCGAUGCCUCCCACCGGUUCGACGAAGACCUCCUUGGUAUCCUUGUCUUAUCAUACCCAGAACUAACGAUCUCGCUGCACACCGGGCCAACAUACCCCGCCGAGCAGCUACAAGUCGAGAUUGAGAAUAUCUCGCUGCCUCGUCGUGCCGUGGACGAGCUGCGCAAUGCAACACGGGAGAUAGUGGCACGGGAUGCAGAUACGAACAACUAUGAGGGAUGGGGCAGAAGAGCUCAUAGUGGUGAUUUUGGGGUUUUUGAAUUUGAAAUGACCGCAUUUCACGUGGCCCGGAGGGCCUUUGAGCACCUCGAGAGUUAUCGAGACUCGAUUAUGGCACCCCGAGAAGAAAGCGAGGAGGAUCGAGCAGGUGCCAAGUUUAAAAAUGACCUAGUCUCUGACAAGGGUAUCGACUUAUCAUCUAUCACCAUCGACAGAAAGGCAUCCGAUGUCCUGGGUAAAUUGCCAGAUGAGAUCUGCUCCCUCGUCCCCCCUUUCUUCCGGAUACUGCAUGUGGAGAGCGUCCUCCGUAAUAAUCUCUAUUCCAAAUUUCUAGCACGCCAAAACGAGAUCCGCGACCAACUUUCGGCACUGCCACGGGCUGAGCUCAUGGCCUGCAUCUACAAGAAUAAAAACACUAGGCGUGACACGGUCGAGGAGCUAGUCGAGCAUAUCGCCGCUCCGAAACUUACCUUCCACGGCACCAGCAACAGUUUCGUCCCCUCCAUCGUACAGAACGGUUUUCUCGCGCCGGGCGCCAUAAACCCCACGAGCGGCGAAGCGCUUCCCGUGCGCUGCGGAAGUACCUACGGCCGCGGUAUCUACUCCUCUCCUUCGGCCGAGUUCUCUCUCUCCUAUUCCGGCUCCGAGGCUCAACCCACUGCACCAGACGGCUUCUGGGGCUUGAAGCUGCUCGUCUGCGCAACGCUCAUGGGCCGCUCGGCACAGAUGCUCCAUGACGACCAGUGGUGGACGCGGAGUGAGCCAUAUCCAGGCGCCCAUAGCCACGUCGGCAAUGGGUACGAAUACGUCGUAUUCAACAGCGCCCAAAUACUGCCGUGCUACGUAAUUCACCUUGACUGGGGAGUAGAUAGCAGGCAUUUCUUCGCGGAUAUACUCGAGGACAAGGCAAGCUUUGUAGCAAAGGCAAAACAGCACCCGAAGCUCUUGAACGAGCCGAUGGCGCCUGGGGAUAGGCAGCGGGCGAAGGAGGCGCUGGUCGCCAAGGCCUCGAAGUAUUUCCCGUACGGGUAUGGACCGGCGACAGGGACGUCAUUUGUGGUUGAGGACGUAGGUGAGGUGGACGAGGAUGAGGAGGAUUAUGGGGAGUACCAGCGUGACAGGAUCGAUAAGACGCAUGAAGAGAGCAACUUUUGGAAGUGGAGUGAUAACCCCGCGGGGUCGGAGAUGGACGAGUACACCCGCGCGCGGCUUGGGAAGAUAAGGGGGAGGAAUAAAGAUUAG